AUGGAUGGAGCCAGCUCAACCGGAAUAGUUACCAACGGUGGUAUUGGUGGCAUGAAUUCCGGCAGCACCGGAGGAGGAAUAAACAAUGCCAAUUUUGCUGCUUCUUCGUUGCCUCACUUGCAAUACUACUACGGAUCAACCGGCAAACUUCCUGAUUCCGACGGUUCGACUGCUGCAUCUAUUGAACAAGACAAACAAGAAUGUAUGAAAUGGAUUAAUAGCUACAUUUCUAAAACCGGGCAUCCUCUGAUUGUUAAUCUUGAAGAGCAACUCUCAGAUGGCUUAACUCUAAUUAAACUUUUAGAAGCGUUAGCCGGUGAACGCCUAGCCAAGUAUUAUACACUACCCAAGCUAAGGGUCCAAAAGAUUGAAAACACUAAAGAAUGUAUUAAUUUCAUGGCUGAGAGAGGAAUUAACGUGACUGGAAUUCGUGCUGAAGGAAUGAUAAUUUAUAAUAUACUGAUUCUCAAAUUUGGAUUGCCUGGUGUAUUUGUGAUAGAAUUGGCUUCUGGAAAUGUCAAGACCAUGUUAACUAUGUGCCAUCUCCUAAGAUUGAGAGUUGAAGCAAAUGUCAAAAAUGGCUAUCCACCAUUGUAUAAACCUCCAUCGGCAGGCAUUAGUAAUAGCUAUAUUAAUAGCAGUCAAUCCAAUUUGGCUGGAAGUCAAGCAGAUUUGACUACAUUAGACAAGGAAGAUCUGUCCGUUUUAUCAUGGGUAACAGGCCUUACAGGGAUUCCAAUCCAAAGUUAUAAUCAAUUCUAUGAUGGUCGUAUUCUUUAUGAAGUGGUCAGCAAAAUUUGCGGUACUUCAAUACCAAAAGAGAAAUUAGAUAUACUUACACCCAUUGAAAGAUGCAAUUUAGCUUUCGAUACUGCUGAACGAGAAUUGUCUAUUCCUAAACAAGUUAACUCAUGGGAUGUUACGAGUGGCCACGAUAACUAUGGUGUUAUUUUAUACUUAAAGCAACUCUAUCAAGUAUAUGAGCAUCGUAUACGACAACAAGAUGUCGCUCAGUUAAUCGAAGAAGAAGCUCGACAACAACGAAUGCUGGAUGAAAGGAUUCGUAAAUUAAAAGAAGAUGAAGUUCAGCUUACUAAACAUCGAGAUGAAGUGCUUCAAAAUGAGCAAAAAAUUAAUGAUUUAGCUGAAAGUGUUAAGCAACGAGAGCUAAAUUUACGUCAACAAGAAUCAGAAGAAAGUGAACGCAUUAAAAGGCAAAUGAACGAGUAUACCAAUGAUAUUAUGAAUCGUCAAGUAGAGCAACAGCUGUACAACGAAAGUAAACAAGUUCAUCAUGAUGUGGAUAGACAAUUGGAACAACAAGGGAUGGCUGCAACAUACCAAUGGCGAUCAAGUCGGCAAAAUUUAAAUCAUAUCGAUGGCGAUCGCAACCCUAAUCAUGAUGAACACGACCAAUAUGCUGUCCAUCUGAUGAAACAACGUCGGCGACGACAACUUGGUGAGCUCGAAUUGCAAAAGAAACAAUUAGAACGCGAAUGGAAAGUUGUUGAACAAAAUCAACAAGAUUUACAGCGCCAAUGGUAUCAAAUGCAAGAACAACAUAAUCAAAUUACACAUCAAUUAACCGAGAGGCAAUUAGAAUUACAACGUCAACAAGAACAAUUAGGUGAGAAAGAUUUAGAAUUGAAGAAACGCGAUCAAGAACAAGUACUGUACAAUCAGCAACAACAACAUUAUUGGCGUCAAAAAGAAGAGCAAUUACAACAGCAAGCUGCUGCUGUUGAACAAAAAGCCAAUCAAUUACAGCUAUUACAAAAAGAAGUAGAUAUGCAGCAGAAAUAUUUAACGCAAGAAAAAUCCUACGUCGAUCAACGCGCACAACAAGAAUUAUUGGAAGCGCGUGAAAAAAUCGAGAAUGAAAAAUUAAAUAUUAAGAAACAGCGCGAUGAAUUGGUGAAAAUACAGCAUGAUAUCGAGGAAAGAUCACGCGAUUUAAUGCAUAAAAAGUAUGAAAUACAAUUUAAUGAGCAAGAAGAAACGGUUCGAUUGCGUAAACGCAUUGAAGACAUUGAAAAAGUUGUUCAACAACAACAUGACCAAUUACUGACAGAACAGAAAAAACGCAAUGAUCAGUAUGAAGAGAUAUUGGAAUUACGCCGUCAGUUAAGAUUGAAAGAGCAACAACUAGAUAAUGAACGUAAUCUAAGGGAGAAAGAAAUAAAAGUCAAAGAGGAUGAAUUAAGUGGAUUAGAGAAACAACGCCAACAAGAAUUUAUCAAGCGCAUGGAAGAAUUACGCAUGAAAGAAACCCGCAUCGAGCACCAACGGCUUGACUAUGAGAAGCAAUUGCGUACUAUGGAAGAGAAAGUUAAAUCGGAAGAAUUACUUGAGCAAGAACGACGUCGACAAGAGCAAGAAAAACGCCUAGAAGAGUUAAAAAUGAAGGAGAAAUUGUUAGAGGAAGAAAAAUUGGAACGUGAAAGACAGCUACGGUUACAAGAAGAGAAAAGAAAGGAAGAAGAGAUAUUAGAAUUAGAAAGGAAACGUCGAUUAGAUCAUGAACGACGAUUACAAGAAAAGCAAGAAUUAGAAGAAAGAAUUCGAAAUAUUGAACGAUUACAACAAGAAGUGCGUGAAAAACAAGUUCAUCAACAAGCACAAGAUACUACUGCUCGAAAAUCGCCAUUAAUCCCUGAGCGUCCACUUAAUUAUGAUAGUAGUAAUCAACGACGACCAUUAAAUAAUGCGUUGAAACCGACCGUGUCGGAAAGUGUUUUAAAUUCGCCAACUAAAUCCGAUUAUCGAGCUAAAUCGCCAUCAGCUUGGAAUGCUAGUGAAUCGAUGGUCGCGUUACGAACUUCAUCACCCAAUAAAUCAAGCAAUGAUACACUAUCAAAAUCACGUCUACCCAUGACAAAAUUAGGUGGUUCAACUAGUAAUUUAUCCAAUAUUGGUAAAAGUCCAUCCAACGUAAAAACCCGUGAUCGAUAUGUUGAACCAAAACGAUUCUAUGAGAAUGCGACAACACCAGCUGGUGUUAAUCGUCCUUCUUAUGUUGGACCGACAAAGCCAUCACCAAAAUCGCAAACAACGCCGCCAUCGAUGCCUAGUACUUCUCCUCCAUUACCAUUGCCUAAAACACCAGAGCCAGCGUUAAUAAGAUCUAAAGUGAAUGAUGUUGAUGCAAAUCGAUCGAGUGCAUCGCCUACUAAGACACCAUUAUCAAGUUAUACUAGUCCAUUUGUACAGGGUAGAGUCAAUGCCUUUGCCAGAUCCAAUGAAAUGAAAGCUAAAUAUCCUAAUUUGCCAUCGACACCAGUACAAAAAGCCAAAGAAACUAAGCCUCAACAAUCUACGCCAUUAAGCCAGCAAAGAAGUACAUCAUCCGCUUCCGUAAAAUCACCAUCCAAUAGUAAACGAGCGGAAGCUACUCAACUUGUUCGACGAGGUGCUCGUACACCAGGAGGCGCUUCUACAUUUGAUUUUUAA